AUGCCUGGCAGACGGGUCACGUCUCCAAACACCGGCCCACCUUCCCUGACAUACCGGAGCCGGGCUGGCGCCACCGCCUGCGUCUGCAGCCGAGCCAGACAAGACGAGCUGGCUCGCGCCGCCACACUCGGAGGGGGUCUCUCGCCGCGGCGGCAGCUGCCGGAAUACGCCGACGAAAGAGGAAUCUGGAUUCACUCUGUGGACUCAGAGGUCGUCCCACUAGCCCACUGUGAGGCCGCGUCUCCAGCUGUCUCCAAGCAAGCAGACAACACCAUCCCCAGCAGGGUCAUGGAAGAGUCGGAGGUCUGUUCCCUGCCUGGGGGACUUGCGAGUGUGAGGAAACAAUUUGAGACCCAGGAAACUGCAACCUCACACAGUGUAACCCAGUUUCAGUUUCAUCACAGAGCCGUGCAGGAGUCGUCAAGCUCCGAGGUGACGGUGUCAAGCAGCAGGCAGGUCAUCCCAGGCAGUCAGCAGCUGAAUUUCAACCAAGAAGCGAUGAUGUCAUAUAGUGAGAACAAUUUGUCAUCCAGCUACGAAAACCAUCAAGAUGAAACAGAAGAGGAGUUUCCCAGAUAUACCACCAAAGAACUGAGGGAUCGCUUUGAGAGAACAAUAGAGGAGGCUGCUCCACAAAAACCAAUUAAGUGUGGCCGCGACAUCAAUCGAUCAAAGUGGUCCUCCAGUGUGACUCAGAACAACACAGUGACCAGUGAUGUGUGUGAAACGUCAGCGGCUGAAGCAACACAAGACACGAUGGCCACAGUGAUGGAUUUCGAGGACUUUCCACCCCCGCCGGCUGAUGAUUCUGAUUAUCUACCACCUCCACCUCCAGACUUACUUCAAAUGCCACCAGACACGGACGUCCACCCAGAGUUCCGCUACUCACCCGAACCUCCAGCACCGGUAAACACAUCCAAGUAUCCCGUCAACAGAGAGGCGUACUUCAAACAGAGAAGCAUGUAUGAGCUGAAACGUCUCUACAAGCACAUUCAUCCUGAGGUUCGCAAGAACAUUGAGAAGGAGUGCUACAUCGAUUACAAUGAAAGUGAUGCCAACCACAAGGAGACCCAAGAAUACAUGUAUGAGGACGAUGGUUUGAAUCCUGAUGACGUUGAUGAUGAGGAGAACGGGGAGUGGGAAGAGAUUCUCCCCGGGGAUGUGCAGGCAAUGCGCUGGAUGUUUGAAAACAAACCGCUUGACACCAUCAAGGACGACAUCCCAGAUGACAGUGAAGACGACAAGAAGAUAAUUCAGCAGGAAAUGAUUCUGGGGAAAGAUGUGAGACGGACAGCCUGGAUGUUUGAGACCAAGCCAAUGGACACGCUCGGCUCGCAAAACAUCAACUCGACCGAAUAUAAGAACAAAUUCAAUAAAUUCGACAAGGGAGACGUUCGAGCUGCAGCCUGGCUGUUCGAAACCCAAACAAUGGACACCCUGAACAAAAUGCAUACAGAAGAGGAUUUAACCAAAGAGAUAGUUUUCACUGAAGAGGAUGGAAAUGCCACCAUUUACAUGAUAGAUAAUAAAGUCAUGGAGAGCCUCGGGCACACCGAGACCAUUGAUGAAAGCCACCUGCUGAGCUUACGGUCGGUGUUAGAGGAAAUCAACGGCGAGAUGAAAACCGUAACGAGCACUUUUGACACCCAGUUCAAAUGCAUCAUCAUGGGUCAGUCGAGCCAGAUGCUGGAGAUUAAGUCUGUGCGCAAAAUUGAAACAGAACUGGAGAACUCCAUCGCCUCGCGCUGGCUCUUCGACACUCAACCUCUGGACAUGACGAACAGAGAGCCCACUGCUCUGAAGCUUGUGUGCAGCCUUUCUAUGGAGGACAGCAAUAAGGGAGACUGGGCCAGGUGGCUGUUUGAGAUAAAGACAAUAAAUUCUCUGAGUGAAUGGGAAACCUCCCAAAUGGAGAAAAAAGAGAUCGUUGGGGCUGAUGUGCGCAAACACUGCUUAGUGUUUGAAACGCAGCCAAUGGAUUCCCUGAAAGAUGACUCCAACGCCAAACCUCAGUCUAUUGAGGAUGUUAUUGGAGGCAAUGUCAGAUCUGCAAGGAACUUCUUUGAGAGUAGUCCUCAAGUAGCCCGGAAGAAUCUUGCUGACGUAGGGAAGCUCAAAAAGGCAGCACUAAAUGAAGAAAUGAAAGGAGAUGUGAGACACCAGAAGUGGCGCUUUGAGAGUCAACCCCUGGAACACAUACGAGAGGAGAAGAAGGAGAUCAUCCGCACUGUUAAUGUCGAGGACGACCUCACACAGGAGGACGGUACAAGCUGCAAGGCAGAUGUCCGCAAGAACUGCUGGGUAUUUGAGACGCAGCCAAUGGAUACCUUAAAAGACGAUUCCAACACUCCUCCUUUGACGAAAGAAGAAAUCAUUGCGGGUAAUGUGAGAUCAGCCAGACAUUACUUUGAAACGAUUCCAAGUGACGAGCUGAAGGAGUUGGCAGAGGUGGGGAAGCUGAAAAAAACCGUAGCACUUAAUGAAGAGAAGGGUGACGUUAGACAUCAGAAAUGGAGAUUUGAAAGCCAUCCGCUGGAACAUAUUAGAGAGGAGAAGAAAGAAGUUAUCCGAACCAUUGACCUGGAGGAAAUUGAUAAAGUGGAUGUGUCAAACUACAAGCAAAUCUUCGAGAGCACAGACGUCAGCAUGAGGGACGAAUCACAAAAGAUUGUCAUUGAGGGUGUAACAUCCGGCGCCGUGAAAUCAAACAAGAACUUGUUUGAGUCCACUCCGCUGUAUGCCAUGCAGGACAGCUCAGGACACUUCCACGAGGUGAAGACGGUGCGUCGUGAGGAGGUGGUGAAAGGAGACGUGACAACAUGCAAAUGGAUGUUCGAAACACGACCGAUAGAUCAGUUUGAUCAGAGCAUUGACAAAUAUCAGGUCAUUCAAGGCAUCUCGAAACAGGAAGUUGAGUCUGGUGACGUCAAAACUGCAAAGUGGUUGUUUGAAACCCAGCCUCUGGAUGCCAUCAAGUACUUCAGCAACAUUGAAGACGAAGAAGUUGUGGAGAAAAGUAAAAAUGUUGACGUGAUGAAGGGUGAUGUGAAAACCUGCAAGUGGCUGUUCGAGACGAAACCAAUGGACGUCCUGUACGAAAGAGUGGAGUUAAAGGGUGAGAAUGAAGUUGAAGAAAUGCACAAGGGGGAUGUGAAAACCUGCACGUGGCUGUUUGAGACACAAGCGCUCGAUACCAUCCACGACGAGACAGAAACCGUUUUGAGGACAUGCACUGUGAAGCAAGAGGACAUCAGCGGAAAAGAUGUAAGGAUGGCCUGCUUCCUCUUCGAGACAGAGAAACUGGAGAACCUCGUUGGGGAGGAGGCAGACUCCUUCAAGCGCGUCACAGAGAUAGACAUCGCAUCCGGAGAUGUGUCGAGGAUGAAGUAUAUAUUUGAAAACCAAACAUCCGACAUCAUGACAUCGACCUCCGAGGAAUCGAUGCAAAAGCUCAAGAGAGUCCAGACUGAGGACAUACAGAGAGGAAAUGUCGUGAACUGCAAGUGGCUUUUUGAAAACCAAUCAAUAGACACCAUACGCGAUAGCCAAGAGGAAUCUGUGAGCAGUCGCACAGUGAAUGAUGUACAAGGCGGAGAUGUAAAUAAAGGACGUUUCAUCUUUGAGACCUGCUCCUUAGAUAAAAUCCAUGAAGUGACUUCAGAGAUGGAUAUGAUCCGAACAGGAAGAAUUACCUGUGAUGAAGAAGAGAAGGGUGACGUGAGGAAUUACACCAUGAUGUUUGAAACUCAGCCCCUUUACGCCAUUCAGGAUAAAGAGGGUCAUUAUCAUGAGGUCACGACUGUCACCAGCGAGGAGGUGACUCGUGGAGACGUUGUUGGCACCCGGUGGCUGUUUGAAACCAAGCCCCUCGACGCCAUCAAGGACACGGACGAGGUUUAUAUCAUCAAAUCCGUCACUCAGCAGGAUGUGCAAAAGGGAGACGUCAUGUCAGCUAAAUGGAAAUUCGAGACGCAGCCUCUUGAUAGGAUUGCUGAGGAAAAGAGGCCUUUAACAAAAACUGUGGAGGACAUCCAAGGUGGCAAUGUCAAAAUGAAUAAACAUCGUUUUGAGUCUGAUAAUUCGUCACAGGGGAGCGUUAAAACUGUUAACGUCAGUGAAAUACAAAAGGGCGACGUCAGGACGGCAAAGUGGAGGUUUGAAACUCAAUCAAUUGACAAAAUACGAAGCAUGAGCUCUGAAAAUCUGAUUGAAACGGUCAAGAAGGAAGAGGUCGCAAAGGGGGAUGUUAAACAAUCAGUGUGGCUUUUUGAGAAAAAUCCUCUUGACCACAUUAAAGAAACAGACGAAGAAGAGAACACAGCGGCCCCUCAGGAGGAGAUUCCCAAAGCAGACGUGAAGACAACAACAUGGCUGUUUGAAACCACGCCACUGAACGACUUUAAUGAGACCAAAAUAGAAAGAACAGAAAUCUUAGGCAAGAGCGUCAAAGGAACGCUAGAGGAACUUUAUAGUCAGAAAAUGGUAAAGUCGAAGGGAAUUCUCAUUGAAACCGAUGAAAUUGGCGACGUCAGGAUGGCAAAAUACCAGCUGAUGAACAAAGAGGCUCCAGAAAUCCAGCGAGAGGAAGUCAUCCGGGGAGACCUGCAGACUAUUAUGAUGAACCUGCUGAACAGACAGGAGAGGAAGGAGCAGCAGAUCGUUAUAGAUUCAGAGGAGAAGGGGAAUAUCAGCUCUACGGUGCAACAGCUAUUCAGCCAAGAGAGAUCAAGCAGUAUUGAUAGGGAGGAAGUAUUACGUGGUGACAUUCAGGAGGCUAUAAACAACCUGUUCACUGAGGACAGCUCCGCCAAGCAUGGAAUACUCAUCCAGGAAGAUGAAAGAGGAGAUGUGCAGAUGACAAUAUAUUCCCUCAUGAAUCAACAAGACAAUGUAAACGUUGAAAAGGAGGAUAUUGUAAAAGGAGACAUCAGGAGUGCUCUUAAAAGAUUGUCUAGCGAAGACAAGCCUGAUCAGACAGUGAAGAUCAGAGUCGAUGAUGCAGAAAAAGGAAAUGUCAACUUUUACUCGACGUGCAUUGAAUCUGGAGCUCUCGACUAUCUGAAACAGCUCCACUUAGGACCCGAUGAGACGCCGUCCGAUAAUCCGAAUAAAAUGGAGAUUGUCGGUGGUGAUAUCAAGGGCACAAAGCUCAUCCUUGGCCGUAAUCAGACACAAAUUGAGCGAACGGUCGAGGAUGUUAUACCCGGGGAUGUUCACAACGCGGUGAAGGUGUUUAUGACAGAACCAGCCCUCUCUCUAGAAGGACUCCAGAAGGAGGAGAUCGUCAAAGGUGAUUUAAGAGCUGCUUUGAAUUCAUUGUCUGAGUCAGUAAAUCAGACAGUCGUACUGGAGAAGGAGGAGGUGGUGAAAGGCAACAUACCAAAAGCCCUGCGCUGUUUGGAGAGGGCUCAGAGGCAGUACAAAGAGGUGGAGAAGCCAGACAUCGUGCCAGGAAAUAUCAAAGGGGCUCUACGGUCCCUCGAGAAAUCGUCAACAUCCAGGGUUGAAGCUGCUGUUGAGGAUUUAGUCCCCGGAGAUGUCAAGGCUACGCUGAAAUCACUGGAGCUGGCAAAGAAGGCCGUGAGAGAAGUUGAAAAGGAAGAAAUCAUUCGGGGUGAUAUUCACACGGCAAUGCAGAGUCUGCAUGAUGCCUCCAGUGAAAGAAGGGUGUGUCAGCAGGAGGUAGAUGUUCAGGGAGAUGUCAGAGGAACAAUCCAGCUGUUAAUGGACGCUCCAGCUUCACCAAAGCUGCAGAGGAGUUCAAGCUUCGAAGAGGAAGUAAAAGGCGACGUCAAGAUGUCCAUUAAGUCACUGUAUGAGACACAGGAACAGGUGCAGCUGGAUAAAGAGGAAGUGAUCAAGGGGAACGUUAAAGGCACGAUAAAAUCACUGAUGGAAACAGCACAGCGUGUUUCACCUAAAGUCAAACUGGGAGCGUACAGAAGAACUAAGGUCAAGCAGAGUCCUCCUGUUAAGAACCUGAAUCUAGAUGCAGAGAGAAACGUACAGAAGAUCAAAACAGCAAAAGUGGUGGAGUCAUCAAGAGAGAGUCACUCUACGUCUAACGAAACUGAAAUUAACAGCACAAAUUCAUACACCGUCGAGCAGUCCGCUCAGCAAACUGUGGUGCAGCACAAAACCAUUACCCAAAGCCACGGCAUCAAAACAGUGAAAACGGAGUUUCGGAAUCUUAAAUCGAAUCAAAAGGGGAUGAUAAAACAAGGCAAAACUCAAGUGAAAACCGAUGCGUACAUCCUAAAAGCCCAAACACCAGAGCCUGAACUACCCCUCCCACCACCACCUCCACCAGUGACAGAUGCUGACCUUCCUCCUCCUCCCACUCCUCCUCCUCCUCCCUCUGCUGAUAUUGAUCAGGUCCUUCCUCCACCUCCACCGCUCACCAGCGAGCAAGAUUUUCUUCCUCCUCCUCCCUCUCAACAAGAGCUGGAGAGCAUCCAUCCCUCACCAGCCAAAGCAAAGAAGAUGACGGUGAAGAAAGUGAAAGGUCCUGCUGUGCACCCAGUCCCAAAGCUGGAAUCCAAAGUGGAAGUCUGUAAGACGCAGCAGGUGGAGGCUACGUCGGAGAAAGUGGUGAAAAUGAGUCAAAGCCAAAUAAAAACAACAACACAGACAUCAAAAGCUAUUCCGUAUGAAAUUCCUCCCCCAUCUCCGUCGCCUCAGCCACUGAAGAAAGUUUACAUUUCUCCUGUGAAAUUCACCCCCCCUCCCUCUCCUCCUCCUUUCAUGAGAGGGAAAAUGACCAAAUUCAACACGGCGUUGAUUAAAGCAGAGGAGAAGUACCGGAAGUUGCGGGAGGAGAACACGCCGCCAACCACACCGACUCCACCUCUGGCUCACGACUCGGUUGUUUCUGCUCUGGAGACGCUUUCAGCCAAAGACGCACAGCAGACCAGAGACGAAAAGGCAGGACUGAGUGUUCAUUCAGAGUUUCGAUCAAGUGAUUCAUCCAAGCAGGUUCUCGUCUCAAAUGUCAACGUUCAUCAAGACAAAGUCCUCGCAGGUUCUGCAAUGAUAUCAUCUGCUCAACAGCAAAUUGUCGCUAAUGAGACAUCUAAGGUUGUCUCAGUUCAAAAGACCUCAACCGUCUCCACUGUUCGACAACAGACGCACACAACUACACAGAAAUCAGUGUCUGUUUCAUCCAAGCAGUCUGCUCAGUCUGCCAUGACUGAUGAAGUCCAGACCUCAAUUAGUGCUGCAAAAACAGAGAGCAUUAUGGAUGAUGCAAAGAUGCAGUCUAAUCAUCACAAAGCAAAAGGCUCCAGCAAAUCUGAGGAUAAAACGGAAGACAAAACACCAGCUGAGAAGGUGAAAGCAGAAGCCGUAAGAAUGCAGUUGCCUGAUCCAGCUUCCAAAAAAGAAACUUCAAAAGAAAAUAUAAAGGAGCCCAGGUCAGAGCAGAGUGAUAAUAAGAAGAAAACGGAUCAUUCUCCCACAAAAAGCCAGGAAAGUGCUUUUAAUCAGCCAGUGCAAACAGAAACAGUAACCGCAAAUACAAAUGGUAAAUCAGGGAAAGCAAACCAAAAAUUGAAAAAGAACAAUAAGCAAGAAAAGCAAGCGGAGAUAAAAGUGUCCAGUGAGAGUGAGAAACAAAGUGCUUCAGAAGAUUACAGAGUAGAAGUAAAGGAAACUGCUGUGGUGAAAGUGAUCGAUGAACCGAAAGAAGUAAAGACAGAUUUAAAGCCAGAGAUUAAGAAAGUUACCACGUCUCCUCCUGCUGCUUCUGUGCCUGCUGUUACUGUGAGCAAUGCUGGGAGUCAACCAGAGACUCAGACUGCAACAAAGAAGAAGAAGAAGUCCAAGAAGUCCAAAGGAGCUGUGCAAUUACUUCAAAGUAAAGAAAUUUUAAUGGAUACGAAAACAGAGGCAACAGAAAACAAGAAAACCAAGUCAGAAAAAACACACCAAGCUCAGGAAACAGUCACAGUUUCCCAAAUUCACAAAAGUAUGAAAGAAGAGCACAUUCAAGUCAGGAGAGAAGUCAUUACCACAGAAAGUAAAGAUGAUGAGAAUUCCCAGCAACAAAAAGCAGUUCAAAAGCAUGUGAAGGGAUCUCAGAAGAGAGAAAUGACAGUUACUCAGCAGAGCGCAAAGGAACCACCGGAAGAAAGUAGGAAUGUCCCAAUUACAGUGACAGGCGAGUCAGAACAAAAUGAACUGUUAAAGUCUACAACUGAGAGGAAAGAGGAGUCUCAGAGGCAAAAGGUCCAAGUGUUAAUCUCUCACAUCUCAGAGAUACAGAGAGGUUCAAGAGAGGCUGAUUCUGAAACUGUGAAGAGCCUGCUAAGUACAAUACCAGACUGGCUCCUAACUCCGGAAAGAAAACGUGAACUUCUGGGAUCUGUGACAGUUAGUGAUGUACAAAAAAAUGAGGAAAUUCUCUCACUUGUCUGGAAACUAGCAGAGGCAGAGCUAAUGCUUCUAGACAGCGAAACGCUGGAAAAGCACGAAUGUGAGUCCGUUUCUGAAAAAGCAGCCUCUGGUGCGGCAAUGCCGAGAAUAGCCAAAAUCAGCAUUGGCUCUGCCAAAGUUGAGAACCAAACAAAGAGAAAGACCUCACAGGAAAAACAAAGAGAAGAAGUGAGUUUGUGCAAGUCUGUUGACCUUCGGGCUCCGUCACCUUUGCUCAGGAUGCGUUCUCCCUCGCCAACAUUUAUCACCAUCGAGUCGACGCGAAGAACAGACUCUCCUCAGAGGGUUACUCCGUCUCCGACUCUGCUGCACAGGCCGCCCACGCCUCCCACGCCGCCGCCGCGGAGGUGCGACACCCCCACGUCGCGCCUCAACAGAAUCACACCUUCCCCGACCUUUGACAGAGCGGAAAAUUUGCCUCGGCUGAAGGACACCACAGCAAAGCUCUCACGAGGCGUCACCCCACCGCCACCGCUUCCAAAUCAAAUCCCGGAGAAGAAAUCAGAGAUUGUGGAGUCGCCUCCCUCCUUCCAUCGCCAAAUCAAAAUCGAGUCUCAGGUGGUGGAAACCUCUGGGAUGCUGAUUGCAACAGAAAAGCCAAAAAAGAGCUUAUCCGAGGAGGCUCGGCUCCCCGAUGUCAAUAAUGCGCCUGCGAAAGGUGAAGCUGAUAUUCUGAAAGAUUUGAAUGCAAAUGAAAUACAGACUGAGGCACAGAUCCAUGCAGCAUCAGGUCAGACCGACCCAGGUCUGGAGGAGACUUCAGAUAGUUCAGAGCUAUCAUCCGCAUCUGUCAAAGAGAAGCGGGAGUUUUACGAAGAGGCUCGAAAGGCAGAAAUUAAUAAGAUUUAUGUGCGAAAGGAGCCCAUUGCUAUCCCAGAGCGGCUGGGCUCCGACACAGAAGAGUGCGAGGCAGACAAUGAGGAGAGAGAAAAGGAUGAGCUUCCCAGGGCCGACAUGUCGAGUCUUGUAAACAAAUUUGAAUCACCAGAAGAAAAAAUAUAUAUCAGAAAAGAGCUUAUGCCACUCACAGAGCGUCUUCACAGUGACACCGAAAACCCAAAGUGUGACGACGAGAAAGCACACAUCCUGGAACAGGAAAUGCCAGCAUUUGACAUCCAGGCUAUUAAAAAUGUUUUUGAACUGGGUGAGCAAAGUUUCUCAUUCAAAGAAGAAAAGACGGAUCAGGAGGAGCUUGUGUCAAGCCUGACUGAAACAACAGCCGACACUUCAAAAGGGGAAAGUCCUCCGGAGACGGAGGGGGGCUCUCAGCACGGCGGCCCCCUCCCUCUGCAGAAAACUGGGCUCGAAACUGUUGCAGCGAAACCGUCAGCCUUCUCUGAAACCAAAUCAAUCACGGAGCAUUUCUCAAAUGUUGACGAAUUCGGCACCAAGGUCACCGGAACGAGGACGGCCGUCACCGAGCACUCGGAGAGCGUGUCAACUCAGCGGGCUCCGUUCUCCUACGCCGACGCCGUCAAGAGAAAAGCCGCCGCCAGGCGGACGGAGACGUACGACGAAGACGCCACGGAGAGACUGCUGAGGAAUUUCCACGAGACGUGGACAGAGAGCGAGACGGUUUUUAAGAGCUUGGGCUACACUGUUUCUGAGGAGUCGUCGCAAGUGUCUCACCACACCGAGAUUGUCUCAUCGGACUCGAGUGCCGAAGUCGGAGCUCUGCACGGCGUGUCGGAGGAGAGCCUACCCGAUGGAUGCGCUGAUAGUGGACAAAAAGAAGUACCAUAAGUCCUGUUUCUGCUGUGAGCACUGCAGGAAUAAAUUAAGCCUUGGAAAUUACGUCUCUCUCCAUGGACAUUUCUACUGCCUACACCAUUACAAACAGCUCCUCAAGUCCAAAGGGAAUUACGAUAAUGGACUUGGGCAGAAACCUCCUGCAGGAAGUGGUGGACCUAUUCCCUCAGAUGAGAAACUUGAAUGGAGAUAUUCCAUGAGCAGCAUAAGUUCAAUCGACAAAACACACAGUGUUGAAAGUGAAACGAGAAAAACGUUAGAUGAAAACAAACCACACAGCAACAAAAUUUCUGUAGUUUGGCCGCCACAGUUCGAUCCCCCAAAGAAAGCCUUUAAAAUAGAGGAUGAUAUUCGGCUGACUAAACCACAGUGGCCCCCUCCAGACAACUCCCCAAAGUCACCCAAACACCAGCACAGAAAGGCUGUUCCCAGAAGCGUUCUUUGAAACAUAUUCAGUUUAGACAAAUACAUCCAAGGAAGGAACACAGAAGACUGAAUGGUACAAAAAAAAAAAAAAACUUGCUUUUUAAAAAAAAAAAAAAAA